CCGCCAAUGGCAGGGCGGCGGCCGCUCGAAACACCUCCCCCGGCGCCGCGCCGCGCGCACUUCCGGCGCGCGCGGCGGGGGCCGGAAGCGGCGGGCGCGGGGGGUGCUGGGCGGCGCCGGGCGGCGGCGGCGGCGGAGCGGGAGCGCGGCGGGAGGUUGUGGCCAGCAGCAGCUAUGGAGAGGUUGGUGGAACGGUUGGAGAAGGCUGUGGAGCGCCUGGAGACGGUUUGCCAAGCCCCUGGCAGGUGUGGAGAUGGCUCCCCCAAAGGGGUGGCUGAGUACGUGCAGGCUUUCGAUGCCCUUCUGGCUGGCCCAGUGGCUGAGUACAUGAAGAUCAGCAAAGAAGUUGGUGGGGAUGUGCAGACACAUGCUGAGAUGGUUCAUGCAGGGUUGAUGAGCGAGAGAGCAAUCCUGGUGAUGGCCUCUCAGCAUCGGCAGCCAGAAGAGAAUGCCUUCUCAUCCCUCCUGAAGCCCAUCUCAGAGCAGAUCCAGGCGGUGCAGAACUUCAGGGAGAAGAACCGAGGCAGCAAACUGUUCAACCACUUGUCGGCGGUCAGCGAGAGCAUCCCGGCCCUGGGCUGGGUGGCCAUGGCUCCCAAGCCUGGUCCCUAUGUGAAGGAGAUGACUGAUGCUGCCAUGUUCUACACCAACAGGAUCCUCAAGGAGUACAAGGAUGUAGACAAGAAGCAGGUGGACUGGGUGAAAGCUUACCUGAGCAUCUGGACAGAGCUGCAGGCCUAUAUCAAGGAGCAUCACACCACAGGGCUGGCCUGGAGCAAAACAGGUCCUGUAGCAACAGAAGGGACUAAAGCACCAUCUGCUGCCCCUGCUGGGGUUGCACCUCCCCCUCCAGGCCCUCCUCCCCCUCCUGCUCCUGCCCCCAGCAGCUCCAGCAUGGACGACUCUGCCUCCCGCUCCGCGCUCUUCGCUCAGAUCAACCGGGGAGAAGGCAUCACCUCGGGCUUGAGGCACGUUUCUGAUGACAUGAAGACCCACAAGAACCCAGCACUGAAGAGCCAAGGGGGCCCAGUGAGAACUGGACCCAAGCCUUUCACUGCUCCCAAACCAGCCUGCAAUGCUAAUCCCUCCCUAAAGACCUCUCCAAAGGCUCCUCCAUUGCUAGAGUUAGAAGGCAAAAAGUGGAGAGUGGAAAACCAGGAGAAUGCCAGCAACCUGGUCAUCAGCGAGACAGAGCUGAAGCAGGUAGCCUACGUCUUCAAGUGCACAAACAGCACGCUGCAGAUCAAGGGCAAGAUCAACUCCAUCACCCUUGAUAACUGCAAGAAGCUAGGCCUGGUCUUUGAUGACGUGGUGGGCAUCGUGGAGAUCAUCAACAGCAGGGAUGUCAAAGUUCAGGUGCUGGGUAAAGUGCCAACCAUUUCCAUCAACAAGACAGAUGGGUGCCAUGUGUACCUGAGCCAGAGCUCCCUAGACUGCGAGGUCGUCAGUGCCAAGUCGUCAGAGAUGAACAUCCUCAUCCCCACCGAGGCUGGGGACUUUACUGAAUUCCCUGUCCCAGAGCAGUUCAAGACAGUGUGGAAUGGGCAGAAGCUGGUGACCACGGUGACCGAGAUCGCUGGCUAAGCAGAGGAGCUGCAGGGCUGCUGCCUGCCCCUGGCCCUGCUGUGGGACAAAGAGCUGCUUUCAGAUGAUCCUUUUAGAUUUCUUGUACCUUUCUGCUCUCCAAACUGCUUCUCUUCUACCCAGGAGACACAAGCUGCCUGCUUGUCCCUCUGCCCAGGCUGUGGGGUGGGUGGCAGGUCAGUUAGUGUCCACCUCUGGCAGCAGGAAGGUGAAUUUUUAUUUCCCUUUUCUUUUUUUGGUCUCCCCUGCACCAAGUGAUGAUGUCAAGGUUUUAAGUGAGUUCCCAGCCAGUACUGGCAGUUGGCUUUCAGAGUGUUGUUCAGGUUUGGGGUUUUGGGGGUUUCUUUUGUGUUGCCUUUAAGCAAAGUGUUUGUGGGAGAGAGGAAUGUUGUCCCCUUUGAACAGGGAGUGGUUUGUGGGGAGGGCCAGAGGGGCCAAGGUGGCUCCAGGAGCUCCUGGCAGCUGCUUCAUUCCAGCUCCAUGUACUGCUUGAUGGCAUUACAGGACAUGGGCAUGGCUUAGUUGGACCAAAGGCUGAGGACCUGGGCCCUAGCAUUCCACCCUCAUUUCUCUUCCAUCAUUCCUUCUAGCUCAGUGUACUUCUGAUUGUGCCAUGCCAGAGGCUUCCUAGUAACCAGUGCCAGAGGAAGCUGCAGUGGAGUAGCUGUGGGUACCCUGCUCCUGGCAGUCUGGUUGCUAGCUUGGAGCUGAGCACCUCUGAUUCCAGGAGCCCUCCUCCCUCCAAAGGGAAUCUUUGCCUCAGGGCUUCCUUCUUGGAGCAGCUGCACUCAGGUUGUCUUCCAGAAGAGCUCUGAAGGUGUCCCCCUCCUGCAGAGGAAGGAUCUCCUCACUGCAGGUCAGCUGUGCAGUGCUGGAGCUACCUGAGCUGCAUCAGGGCAGUUCAGCUGCAGCCAGCCCCCACCAAGGGAAUCCUCUCAGCCUCUCUUCCCUGUUGCUUGGCUCUUGGCUUUGGUGGAAGCUUGCAGCCUCUGUUCCAGGGCUCUGGAGCAGGGUGGUGGAUUUCAGCCCCCAGUCCUGUACUGACCCCCACAGGGACCUGCAGCUGCUUUGACCUUCGGUGUUCUGUUCCCCCUCCCCCAGGCCUCGGGUGGCACAAGCAAUCCCCAGAGCA